AUGGACUUUCUCUUCGACCGUCCAGCUGUGAUCGACUGCUCGCUUUCUCUACACGAUGCUGCAGACGACAAAGACGACAUUAUACUUCCAGAAGAGCUCUUGAAUGCUCUGAAAAGACCAGGAUUUGAUGACGAGCCUCGUGUAGCCGUCUCUAUUACUCGCAAAGCGACUUCAAAUGGAUCAAGUCUAAAGUCGUUGGUUGCGUGGGCCGUUUUCGAUGUCAACGCCACUGCCGCUGCCAUUCCUAGGUCUUGGCUGGAGCACCAUUCUAGUAUCUUCCAACAGAGUGACCUGUUGAGCGGCCAGCCUACCCAUUUCAUCAAGACCGUUCGCCCAGUCGUAGUAUCGGAAGCCGUCUUUUCCGCUAUGUCGCAUGAUUCUUAUGACUUUGCAUUUACCCAUAAAACCUCCUUGGAGAGUUGGCUAUUCGGCAAGAAUGCCAUUCUUCGGCAAGGCAGUAUAUACUCAUUUGAUGACCAAGAUCUUGACGAGCACUCGACGAACGAAGGGGGAUGCAAUAUAUAUCGCUACCAGCUAGCAAUGAUGUCUCCUGCAUUGCAAGGUUACCUCAAGAGAGGAAGUUCUCGAAUUUAUAUAUCUUAUUCACCGCAUCUCGAAGAGACUCAUGCAGCGGCGUCCUCUUAUUCUCGCGAUUUGGACAUGCAGUCUGAUGCGAGCUCUUCGGAGCUGGAAUUCGAGAUUACCGAAGGUUUCCUUGCUGGUUCUAUUCUACAACCUGCGCCCAGUGGCAUAUUGUCUUCGCAUUCAUAUACUUCAGAUGUCGCCGACACAGAACUUAUCACGGAAAACAUUCCAGAUGAGAAAUCACACAUUUGUCUACCUGAAUGGCAUUCCAUAGCCAUCCCGUUGGAUAGGUUCAUCUCUCAACAGGAUGAUUGUACAAUUUAUCUUCACGUCUCGGAUUUGAGCCAUGUCGGAGUAUUGGAGGGCGAUUGGGCUGUGUUGAAAUCUAGCAGCGGAUCUGCUCAACGAUUAGUUCGUGUAUGCGUACAGGACCUUGCUAUAUGUAAUCCCGGUCGUGUUUCGCUCUCUCCUCAGCUACUCCUGAAUACUUUUGGUGGGAAUUCAAUAUCCGAAACUCCAAGCAUAUUGUUGCGACCAAGCCCAUUUGGGUCCCAUCGUCCCGCGAUCCCCACAGCUCGGUCCGUGACCAUAGCGCGCGUUGCAUCGCCCUUUUCUACCAAUCGAGCAUAUCAACCUCUAUUCCUUCACGCUCUUCAGGAAUAUUUCAAAAAAAGUACGCGAUUGGUAAAGCAGGGAGACGUCAUAGGUGUGAAGAUCAAUACGGACGAUAUUCAUCGUUCUGCCAGCUUCGAGGAAGAGGAAGAAGAUUCUGGCGUGGAGGAAGGACCGGAUGAUCUCGACCACGAAUACCCAGAUUACUCGGACACUGCGAACGAGCUGGUUUACUUCCUCGUUACUAACAUCGAGCACAAUGUGCUGACUAGCCAGUGUGGCGAAGGAUCAUUACAAGAUAUAUAUGUAGGCGCAACCGUAGGUGAAUUAGGAUGCUGGAUCGAUUCCUCCGUGACACGUAUGAUACAAACGGGUCUGGAGCACUCGAGAGUACCCGAUAUCAGCAAAGGCACACCGUUUUUAGGAUAUGGCGGCUCAUCAUCGCUCCUGACCGCAUCAGACAGUCCUUAUCAGAAACUGUGUGAUCUGGCUUCAGCAGCAUUGAGCCGCCAUGCUGUAGGCUAUCAGCUUCAACUGUCAAUCUUGUUACAAGGUGCGCCCGGUGUAGGCAAAUAUACUGUUGCAUCAUCCAUUUCGCGUCGACUUGGAAUGCAUUUAUGCGAGAUCGACUGCUACGACGUCGUUGAUGACAGUGACGCAAAGACUGAAGGAACUCUCCGAGCGCGCUUCGAAACUGCCGCGUCUUGUUCCCCAUCAAUACUACUAUUGAGACACAUCGAUGCGUUCUCUCAAACAACUCAAACGCUGGAGCCUGGGAAAGAACCAAGUAUCACUAGUGCAUUGCAGGAAUGCAUUGACAGCUUACAGGAGACCUGGAACUUGUCUGGCUUCCCUGUUAUUGUUGUCGCAACUACUAAUCGGCCAGAACGUGUCCCUCCUCGUAUUCUCGCGUGUUUCAAACAUGAGAUUACUCUUGAGGUACCUGGAGAAGCAGAAAGACAUGAAAUAUUGGUGUCACUGCUGCAAGAUUGUGACCUCGCUCCAGAUGUCUCCAUUCGCGAUUUGGCGGUCGGGACAGCAGCUCUAGUUGCAAGUGAUCUCGUCGACCUUGUAUGCCGUUCCAAAGCAGCGUCGCUGCAGCGAGCAAUGCAGGAUCAGACACGCUCAGUUGCAGAUCUUUUCAACGCGGGUAUCUCCAUGGCGAUGGCAGAUUUCGAGGCUGCUCUCUCCGAGACAAGAGCAUCGUACUCAGAGAGCAUAGGGGCGCCAAAGAUUCCAUCUGUGUCAUGGGACGAUGUGGGAGGCCUUGCUCAUGUCAAAGCAGAUAUAUUGGAUACCAUCCAAUUGCCUUUAGAACAUCCAGAGCUGUUUGCAGACGGGCUCAAGAAGCGUUCAGGCAUUCUACUCUAUGGACCUCCCGGCACAGGAAAGACCUUACUCGCCAAAGCGGUAGCCACCUCGUGUGCACUCAACUUCUUCUCUGUCAAGGGCCCAGAACUUCUAAACAUGUACAUCGGCGAGUCUGAAGCCAAUGUGCGAAAGGUCUUCCAGCGCGCCAGGGAUGCGCGACCAUGCGUGAUCUUUUUCGACGAAUUGGACUCUGUCGCCCCGAAGCGAGGAAACCAUGGCGACUCUGGAGGUGUCAUGGAUCGCAUUGUCAGUCAGCUGCUAGCAGAGCUAGACGGGCUGUCAGGCGGCAAGUCUGGUGCAGAUGUUUUCGUCAUUGGGGCAACUAAUCGACCGGAUCUGUUGGACUCUGCUCUUCUUCGGCCUGGAAGAUUCGAUCGCAUGUUGUAUCUUGGUGUCAGCAAGACACAUGCCGCGCAGCUCAACAUCCUCCAGGCGCUAACCAGAAAAUUCAAGUUGCAUCCUGACCUUCGCCUAGAUCUCAUAGCCGAGCGAUGUCCCUUCCAUUAUACUGGUGCCGACUUUUACGCUUUGUGCGCUGAUGCGUUGUUAAAAGCGAUGUCUAGAAAAGCUGAAGAGCUUGAAGCUACUAUUGCGUGGCUGAAUAAAAUGCAGCCGGGUCCGCAACAUCCGUACCCCCUUACACCUCAGUACUACCUUGCUGUAAUGGCGACGCCAGCCGAGACACAGGUCCUCGUAUCGCAAGAGGAUUUUCAAGCCGCACUAGAUGAGCUAGUUCCUAGUGUGAGCCAAGCAGAAAUGGAGCACUACGCACGCGUUCAAGAGCGUUUCUCCGGACAAACGAUCAACGGACUGUAG